GUGGCUCCGGUGCGUGACAAAUUUGGCUGCUACCCCGAUUAUGUGGUGUCCGGCAAGUUGAUGGUGUCCACCCUGUGCUUGCCGGAACUGAUUGCAGGCCCUGCUGGCCAUGGAAACCUCUUCCGUGGACCUUCCCCCAUGAGUGCCGUCGCGGACAAGCUGCAACCGGACACAGUCUACUUUUCCUGGACUCCUGAUGCCAAGUAUGGCAAAGCAGGCGCCAAUGGCACGGAGGGACGCAUCUAUGUGAGCAAAAUGAAACUUCCCUCACAAGGCGUCCCGGUCCUGGAAAACAGCUAUGCUUUCAAUGGCUUUGCACGUGCGGGUGGCAUUGACAUGACUGAGGAUGGUAUUGUGGGAACGCUUUGCGCCAAGCUUUGGUAUCCAUGGGUGGAACACACCAACAGUCACUUGGACAAAGCUGCAAUGGUCCUGGCUGUCUGCGAAGUGAAUGCCAGCAGCAUGACUAAGCACCGAACCCCUUGGCAAAUUGGCAAGCAGUACCAGGAGUCGGUCACCGCACCGAACACAGGGAUUUGGGGAAGUUAUCCUCUGAGCGCGUGGUUUGCGCAGCGAUCUGUGGGUUAUGGUUACCUGAUCUAUGCUCCAGCGCAACAGAUGUGGACAGCUUGGUAUGGGGCUACAGUGGACUACCACACGGGCUUUGCCAUGCACACCUAUCACCGCGAUGCUCCUGGAAUCAGCGACGAAGAGUAUGCCAAGUAUAAAUAUCCUGUACCUCGUGAACAGGUAGAACCUCGGGAGGAGGCUGACGGUCCCUGGCGAGAUCAUCAUCGCACGGGCACGGGGGAUCAUCAAGCCUCUGCGGCCUGGUUCUACCAUCCUAGGCUGAAGGAUAUAGGCCUGCAGAAGAACACUCACUGGGAAGUUUACAUGCAGCAAUAUGGUCUAGCGGAGGAUCCCAUUGGCAUGCCGCCGGCGGGAGAAUUCGCUUCUCCAGGGCACAAAGGCUCACGUUUGGAGCUGGUGCAUGGCAAUGACACAGGGCGCCAGGCGAAUGCUUUGCGGCCCUGUGUGGACGAUUGGAUCAUCGGACUCAUUUCUGAUCAGGGAAACGUGUGCGCGAAGGUCACAAGGCUUGGAGAGAUUGUGACGUGGAAGGUCAUUGAGCCAUUGGUGGCCGGCAUGCCCUGUGGUUCCAGCGGUGGCAACUGCGGUGAUGGCGCCCCAGGGCGCAUGGUGCGUAUCGCACCGCUGGGGGCGGCGGAGGACGCGGCGCUCUGCGGAAGCGAGGCACGGUUCCUCUUUGGCUACGAGAAACCUGACAGGUCCAGGUGGUUGGUGGAGCUGGAUGGCAACUGUGAGGAGAUCUCGGAGAAGAUGGACGUGACCCGGUACACCCAUUGGCCACUUUACCAAGAUUGGACCACCACCCGGGACGGUUCCGUGGUAUGGAUCAGUGCUUGGCACGAGGAUGUGAAGGGGGACCAUGGUCCUCCUGGCAGUCCCAAUGGCGUGUGGCCCUACAAGUUUCGAUCUCUGGAUGCGGAGGGGGAAUAUUUAUUUGGCUUGACGCCCGAGGCCACGAAUGCAGCCAAGGUCGUCGCGUUAGCCACGACUUGGGCAAAAUUCAGUGCCAAGGCGCUUGUGAAGCGGAGCGGCGGAGACCGUUGCGGAGCGCUGCGCGAAGAUUUUCAACAGUUGUUGGGGCCAUGCCCAGUUUUGGUCUACAAGGGAGUGUUGGAUCCAGACAUUUGUCGGCAAGCUUCAAGACUUCUGCUCGAAGAGACGCCAGAUGCCCCUCGCUUUGCGGAGUGGCGUUUGGGCGCAGAUCCCGAGGCACCGGCAUCAGACUACACCAAGAUGGGAUACACCAAGACCGAUGUUCUCAUCCAACAAGGCUUUCGCAUGACUGCCACCAGCCCAGCGCCUGAGAGAUACUUGGAACAUGCGAAAAAGACCUCGGAGUACCUGCACAAAGUUUUUGCAGGCCGCUUCAUCUUGGAUCUCCUGCAGAAUGAGUUGACGCCGCUUGGGAUCCAGCUGCACCUGGAGCGUUGCCCGCGCUCCCGGCGUCCCUUUCUGCCCUGUGUGGUGCGGAGGAUGGAGCCAGGUGGACGCCGCAGAGAGGGGAACGUGCACAUGGACAGCCUGGUACCGGGGACCACCUUGUCGAUGAAUCUGUAUUUGAAUGUGCCGGAGAUGCUGGGAGGGGAGCUCGUGCUGUAUCCCAUCCGAAAGGAUUCGCUGCAGCGCUACUUGAAUUCCCACUUCUUUGAGACCAUCGACCUGCAGAACUUCUACCCAGACCACGACUUCUAUACGCAGGAGAUGUUGAAAGAGAUUGAGCCCAUUGCCCGGUGCUGA